CUUUGCGCCCCGAAUCUAAAUGUGGCUGGAUUUCUCCUCGUCCUGGAAGCACAAGCCCGGGAAAGGCCGGCUUGAUCCUUCGGGCUGCGCCCCAGCUGGCCUCGUGUUUUCCCAGCAAAGCCAACCGGGAGGUCUGCAGCAGGACGCAGGCGUCUCCUCCGGCGCGCGCCCCUAGCCGUGCGCCCUGGCCGGAUCCGCCCCUCCGGAGCGCUCGGCGGCCCGCGGGCGGGUCUCUUCCCCCGACUGACCCCACCGCGCGGGGCUUGGUGGCCGGAGCCACCGCAGCGGCCUAGCCGGGCCCAGCCGCGCAGGUGCAGGCGAGGCAAGAUGCCGAUCCACGUGAACGACAUGAUGCAGCUUCUGUGCCGCGUAUCUGAAGAACAGAAAAUGAAGGCGGCCUUCCGGCAUUCGGGACGAGGGGCCCUCGUGGCGGGAGCAACGGCCUUUGUUGGAGGCUUAGUCGGAGGUCCGCCUGGCAUCGCUGUGGGAGGUGCCGUUGGAGGCUUGCUCGGUGCCUGGAUGACCUCUGGACAGUUCAAGCCCAUCCCUCAAAUUAUCCUGGAACUGCCUCCCGUUGAGCAACAUCGCCUUUACGAAGAUGCUUACGCCAUCGUUAGGGAAUUAGACUGGACUGACUUGGCCCAGCUGACAGCCCUGGUCAUGGGGAACACGGCCAUUCAGCAGAAGUUGCUAGGUGUGCUGAUGAACUAUCUCACGAGUGAGCUCCGGGCAGAGAUCCGAUACGGAGACUAGAUUCUUCUGAGAUUUCCUGCGUGAACUGUUUUUCUUUUUUUUACUGUGAAGAACAUUUUAAUCUAUCAGGUUUAUUGAUUUUGGCGUAGGAAUGAGAGAGUUCUGUAAAAGAUAAAUGCACUAUAUUUCCCCCUCCCACACCUUUUAUCAGCAGCACCCAACUUCGUUGAGUGUGUCAGAUCUGUUCUCCUUCUCCCCUGCCUUUUCUCACACCUCUCUUGCCCUUUUGCCCCACUGUUGUUCUCUCCUGCUCCAGUAAUGGCUGUCAUUUCAAUUCCACACCUAUAUUCAUUGACAAUCGCUCAUAGAUCCCAUGUUCUCUUGCUGCGGUGCCUUUAGAAUGGGUGGGGUCUAAAUACCAAUGGCUACUUCAGCCAGUUGAGCCAACACAACCAGAAGUUCCUGGCGCAAUGUCAUUGGGUGGAAUUGGCCAUGCGGACGUGUUAUCUGUAUAACACUAAACUGGAAUAAAUCAGUAGGUGAAACUGGCCAGGCAUGUUAACCCUGUAACACUAAAUCAGUGUGUGUACUGGUUGGUAUGAAUCUGAUAUUUAAGGUGUAGGGUUUUGACUUGAUCUUAAAUGAUUUGCUGCGUCAGCAGGACCUUUGUAAAGGUUUGAAUGGUACCUGUCAAUUUAUCUGAAACUGCCUACCUCUUGUAUUAUGGAAGACAUAAAAUAAUCUGUUGUGAGCAGUUCUUGACUGAA